AUGGACUUGAAUAGUCGUAAAAUUAUUGAUUUCAAGCUUGUCCAAAAAGGAAUGGUAAAAGGAGAUUUAGAACGUAAAGCUUGUGAAAUGUUACUCGAAGAAAUGGUAGAACAAGGCUGUAAAAUUGAUUUAUUCCUAACUGAUAGGCACAAAGGAAUUCGAUAUGAUAUUCGCACUAAAUUUCCGGAAAUUCUACACGAGUUUGAUAUCUGGCAUUUAUCAAAGAGUUUGAUGAAAAGAAUGAAAAUAUUGGAUAAAAAAUACCUUGAUGCUUAUCUGUGGAAAACAAGCAUAAAUAAUCAUUUAUGGUGGUCAUCUAAAACAUGUAAAGAGGAUGGUUCAUUACUUACACAAAAAUUUACAUCAGUUCUUCAACACAUAAGUAAUAUACAUGAAUGGGAAGAAGAUGGAAUUAUAAAAAAAAAUGUGAACAUGAUACAUUGA